GCUGUUCGACAGAACUAAUUGCAAAAGAAUUUAGUUGAAGCUCGUUCUUGACUGAACAAUAUUUAACAGGAAUUAAAUUUUCCUAGUUAAAUUUAAAAAGGAGAAAUGUUUAGUACAACGGUUUUAGAUUUUUUCUGCAUUCCUUUUAUUGUAUUUAUAUCAUUUUUGAUUACUUUGUCUGCAGUGAACAAAUCUGUUGGAGUUCGAAGAGCCUACGUUAAACUUUUGUUGAAGAUAUUUGAGUUUGGGCGACUAAGUAUAGAAUCUGCAGCGAAUGAGCGUCAAAACAAAGAUAGUGAGACCGUCUUUAGUGCGGCAAUAGAUCUCAAGUCGAAUGACCUCAACAUCUCCAACUUCAAAAACGCGGGAACUAGUAUACCCACUACAAAUGGGAAUACACUUAUUAGUAGAGACAGCGUGUUGCUUCCAACAUCUAACGAGCUUGCCACUUCUGAUGCUGAUAUCUCUUCGAAAGAUGAAGAACUCCGUUUUAAUUUGGAAAAAUGCCUAGAUUAUAUAAAAGCAGGCGUUGAGUCAAUAAUCGAGGAUGAAGUUACUUCUCGUUUUGAAGCUGAGGAGUUGAAAAGCUGGAAUCUCUUAACACGUACAAAUCGUCACUACGAAUUUAUAUCGUGGAAAAUAACGCUGAUAUGGAUGACAGGCUUCGCGGUGCGCUACUUUAUUUUGAUGCCUCUACGAGUUUUCGUUUGCUUUGUUGGCGUCUUUAUUGCAGUCAUUGCUAACAGUUUAGUUGCGCUGAUUCCCCUCGAAUUUCUUCGACAUCCUCUUGCCGAUUUAGCAUUUAAGCUUACAUUUCGACUAAUGACUCGAUCUCUGUCGGCAGUUAUUACAUUUCACAACACAGAAUUUAAACCUAAAAGUUCUGGUUUUUGUGUAGCAAAUCACACAUCUCCCUUGGACGUGGCAAUUCUUUCAACUGACUGUACUUUCUCUUUGGUAGUUUGGUUGACUGUUUGUACGGCGAUAGUUGGAUAUAUUAAAGAUGGUGAAUAUAAAAGACGAAUGGUAGAUCAAGUUCUUGGUCAUUGCUUUUCGUUGCUUUCCAGUGCAAUUUCAGCCGUUAUUUAUUAUCAUAAUGAAGAAAAUCGGCCCACGAAUGGAAUUUGUGUGGCAAACCAUACAAGCCCAAUAGAUGUUUUAGUACUUAUGUGUGACAAAACGUAUUCCCUGAUCGGACAACGACACGGCGGAUUCUUAGGUCUACUGCAAAGGGCAUUGGCGCGGGCGUCUCCGCAUAUAUGGUUUGAAAGAGGAGAAGCUAAGGAUCGACAUGCAGUAGCGGAGCGCCUUAAGCAACACGUAUCAAAUCCAAAUAAUCCUCCUAUAUUGAUAUUCCCAGAGGGAACAUGUAUAAACAACACAUCUGUUAUGCAAUUCAAAAAAGGAAGUUUUGAAGUGGGGGGAGUCAUAUAUCCGGUAGCAAUAAAAUAUGAUCCCCGUUUUGGGGACGCAUUCUGGAAUAGUUCAAAAUUCUCGAUGAUGCAAUAUCUGUAUAUGAUGAUGACAUCUUGGGCUAUUGUAUGUGAUGUUUGGUAUUUGCCACCCAUGUACAGGCAGGAAGGGGAAUCAGCUAUAGAUUUUGCAAAUCGUGUCAAAAGUGUAAUUGCUAAACAAGGCGGCCUAGUAGACCUAGUUUGGGACGGUCAACUUAAAAGAAUGAAACCAAAGAAGGAGUGGAAAGAAAUGCAGCAAAUAGAAUUUGCUAAACGUUUGAAAGGGGACUAACCAUUCGUUUAUGCACUAAAUUUAAACCUAUUUCUUAAAACAUAUUACAUUCGCCCGUAUUACAACACACCUAUUGGUUUUUGUUUUUUUUUUUUGUUAUUUCGAUACAAAGAAGUAUGUAUCGUAAAUAAAAUGGUGUCGGUGUAGAGAUAACUGUAAAUAUGUGUAAAAAAAAGUAUAUAACUUUUAUUCGCCGACCAAAAAGAAUUGUCAUAGCGCAACUAAGUUUAAAUAUUUUUAAAGAAAAUAAAAACCUUAUCAAUGUAAUAAACUUUUAGAAAUGGCUUUUGUUUCAUUGUAUUAUUGUAUAUAUUAAGUUACUUAUGUGAAGGGAAAUAUUGUAUAACAAUAAAAAUAUAAUGAUCAGCCAGCAUUUAAAAAGAUUUUCCAAAUUUUGAGUAGAUAUUUAAUAUGUAAAACACUAGAAUAAAUAAUAACCACAUGCGGAAAACUAUCAUAGAGAGUUGGAUAUAUUGCAAAAUAAAUAAAAAGAAAAUUGUUCAAUGUUUCUCACUGCAC